UAAUUAAUUUUGCUAUAUUUCAUUGCUUAUGCAACCUAAGGACAAGGAAAAUACUAUUAAUGAGUACUCUUAUGAAGUUUUCAAACAACGUGCAAAUAUUUGUUUAAUUGUAGAGCUCAUUUCAUUUCGAUUAUCACCUUCAGCCAUUGUAAGAAGUUUGCAAAUCUUCAUUUUUUAUGGACCUAUCUUCAAUGUAAUCUUAUUUUCGUACAUUCUCAUUAUUGUGAUUUAUUUCUUCAAAAAUGCUAUUUACAUUUUCAUACAUUCUCGUUAUUGUGAUUUAUUUUUCAAAAAUGAUAUAUAUUUGUUCCUAGGAAAUUACUAUAUUAUUGUUGGACAUAUGUGUGAUCUAAGAGUCAUUAGGGCAUUCACCCUUACACAAUACAUUGUCCAACUAAUUAUUAGUAACAACUGGCAUCAUGCCCUACAUAUUUCAAAUCAUGCAACUUCAAAUUCAUUAUGCGUGACGUGAUCAACAAGGAUGAUCUAUAUUGGGGAAAACACUUUAGGACAAUUGAACUCUAUUAGAGACCAAUAAUUUUCUUUCAUCCUGAAGCUUGAUUAUGUCAACAUUAUGGAAAGCACCUCAAACAUUCAACUAUAUGGUAUACUUUAGUAAUGAAGGAUAAUUAGUUAUAUUUCCCCCAUUUUUGGGCAAAUAGUAAUAUUUAUUGCUUUUAUGAUAAUUCCCCGACUAUUAUAUUGUAAGCACAUUAUGCAUAGUCGGAUCACUCUUGAACAUUUAACUUGCAUAACGAAGAUACAAAACACUCAUGACAUGCAUUUAAGGCCAUCUAUCUUAUAUGUUAUUAUAUACGAUAAUUCCCCUGCCAAUGUUCUAGGCCCAACGCUAAUAUCAUACAAGAUUCACAAUUGGUUAAAUACCAUUGACGUGACUUAUCCAAGGAUUGAAAAAUCAUAACGGAGAUUGUACCGGAAAAUUCAACGGCAGGAUAUUUUAUAUUGAAAUCAUAAUUGAACCGUAAUUGAACCGUUCAUACAGUUUAAUACCGCCUACCGACAUCACUUUCGGUAGGAGGUUCUGGUCGAACCACCGGUAUGGUAUGGUCUUCAAUCCUUUCACUCAUUGUGACAAAAAUUGAACAAGAUAAGAGUAAGGAGGUAAGGUCCGCUGUGACAUGCUUAUCUUAUUGCAAACCAGACCUUGAUUAUUACUACCCGUCAGAUUUUCUUAGGAUUUUUCAUUUUUUAUCUAAUGGCCUACUAGUUUAACAAGGCUAUAAAUAUGAGAGACCCUUUUUACACUUGAUCUCGUCUUGUAAAAUGACGUAGUAAAUAUUGACCACUUCAUUCGCCGUUAAAUCAGACACUUCCUCCCCCGUCAUUUUAUAACCAACAUUAACAUACAAUUUCGCUUUGCCAUUUGUGUGCAAUUUUUUGAUCUAACAAAUCUCCUUAUUUAUGACUCCACUAUACAGUUCUAAACAGGAAGAUACAUGCAUGCUUGAAUCGAAACCACCAAGGUUUUUAAUAAUUGAAAAAAAAGGUUCUCAGAGUAAAAUUGAUAUAAUAUGGUUAUGGGAGAGGAUCAGCAUCCAUGGGCUGAUAUAUGUCCAGAUCUCCUGAAUUCCAUCUACAGGAGACUCCCCUCCCACAUCGACGACUUCGAUGUCAUCGAAGUGCGGGAAGAUGACAAGCUUUUCGUCCAACCACGUCGUGAAACUCAAAUCCCCGAGAGGCUCGUAGGUGUCAACGUACAAAUCCUUGGGAGGGCGGGCGCGUGGCUGCUUCUAAAAGAGCGUGGCAUUUUCUUGGGCUGUUACAAUCCUCUGCUCCGAAGUCCAGCAAACUAUAUCGCUCUUCCCGAACCAAGUUUUCAUUUUUCUCACUUCCGUCGUAACUGGACGCCGGUCACAGUCAAGGUCGCAUUCUCCGCACUACCCACAGCUCGUGACUCGAUGAUCCUCAUGGUAUAUGGCGAUCGUUAUUUCAGUGUGCUCCAUUGUGGUGACGAUUGGAUGUGGAAGACAUACAAUUUCUCAUUGGCUAGGAAAAAGGGACAAACUUGCCUUGGUGUAUGCUACGGAAAGGGCAGAUUCUUUUGCUUAUUUGAAAUGGGAGAUAUGGUGAUUUUCAGCACUGACAAGAAUGAGAAGAGAAUGGUGCUAGCGGCCACCAAACCUUUGCUUCCCGAGCGACUCAAGCAAUGGGACAGUUUGUGUGUUGUGGCAGUGGUGACCAAAAAGACCACUUCUGGAAGUGAUCAAAAUCAUGAGAUAGAAAAGAUUAUGGAGUUAAUGAUAGUCACUCAUUGGGAGCGAGAUCAUGAGGCAUGUGACAAGAACAACUUCAGAUUGGUGGCAGUGGUGGAAAAAGUUAUCACGACGACAGAUCUAUUACUGGCUAAUGAUGAUGAUGAUUGUGAGAUAGUGUUAAUGAUAGAGGAUGGAGACAACAACAAGGGAUUGAUUGUAGUGAAAGAGUGGUUGCCACUGAAGAGGAGUUUCCACAGCUUUUAUCUUUUUGCACUAUUUUUUCUUCCUUCCCUAGUUCUCUUGCUUGGUGUUGCUUGGAUUCUCAGCCUUUUGAUCCACAAGUUGAAUUGUGGUUAAACUCAGCAUAAUGAUGGGGUAGUGCGCGUGAUUUUUAUGUUAAAUAAAAUUAGAGUUGACGAGGCAAAUUAGUAAUAGUUUUUUUUAAUUGUAGCACACCUUAUAAAAAUGAUUUGCAGCCUCAAACAUUGAAAUCAAUUUUUCAAAGUGAUCUGGAGUCCCACAUGUGAUCUCAAUAAAAAUUUAUGAAACCAUAUUUUGGUAUAAGAUGAUUAAUCUUUGAGAGCCAAGCAAGGUAAACCCCCUUGAAGAUCCUUGAGUCAUACAAAAGGGAUAACACCUAAAAUAUGUGUUAUUUAGCCCCUAUCCUCAAGGAAUUUACAUGCUAAUUCAACGUGUCUAGGCAACAUAUCAAGUUAUAUAUGCCCAUAUUCGUUCCUAUUUGUAAAACAUGCAUUUUGGCAUAGGUAUUCAUGAUAUGAAAGUUUUCAUAGGGGAAACCGAGCCCAAUUUAUGGUAUGUUAUGCUUUCCCAAGUGUUUGUGAUGAAAUUCCAGGUCUUAUAUUCAUUUGGGAUUGAUUGAGAAUCGAUUGGAGUUCAUCCGAGCAUAAUUGGGAAGCAUGGGAGCAAGAAGGGAAGAAAAGGCACUAGUCACCGCCAUAGGUCAUGGUCGUGACAACUAGGUUGUGACCAUGUUUGCGGGCUGUAGAUCGCGGCCGUGAACAGUAGCCGUGAAUUGCAGAAGGAGACCAAAAAGAAGUCAGAAAGUUUCCGCCCAGGACAUGGCGUAUUUUGACAAUGAAAAAGAUCUCGGCCACGAACUUAUGAAGGAGGCCGCGAUCUCGGAGUUUAAAGACGGAGUCAAAAUACGUCAUUUCGGGUGAUUCAGGGAAGUUCCAGCAGGUCACGGCCGUGACCAUCACGUCACGCCCUCGAGGCCGUGAUCGACACCAGUUGCAUAUAAAAUACUCUCUUUUCUGCAUCUUUCAGGGGGGAGCCGCCUUAGAGUGAGAAAGUUAGGGUUUUUUUUAGUGUUUUAGAGAGGGAAACACCUUGGGAGAGCUUCAUUGAAGAUCCAAUCACCCCGAGGAGCAAGGAGAAGAAGCUUGAUUCCAUCAUUCCCCUCUUCUAGUUUGUGUUUUCUUCUUUUCUCUAAUAACUUGAAUCUCUAAUGGUUGUUUAGGAAAGAUGAACCCUAGUUUAUAGGUUGUGUAUGAAUGAGUUAUGUAUGAAUGUGUUAAUCUAGUUGAUUCUAUUGCUAUUCUAUCAUCAAUUGUGUUUGGGGUAGGGCACCCUAAUCUUCCCUUUUAGCCUACUUUAUGCUUCUAUGCUGGGUAUGGAGUUCUAGGGUUAGACGGGUAUGCACCAUCAAGCAAAUCAUGACAGAUGUAUGAAUAGGGACCUAGGGUGGCCGAGGCGACCAAACCCCUGCCAUAAGUUAGCCUUCCUAGAUAGAACUCGGGAUAAAACCUCGGUGUGGACGGUGUAUAGUGUCCAUUGAAAUGAGCCAUAAGCUUAAUGUUCCAGUUACGAUAGCCUAGAUUGAGGUGUCUAUAUAUGGGCUUAGGGGAGGCGUACUCGGAGGCGUGUGAAUAACCAUGAAAGCCCACGGAAAAGAGCCCACUCACCACAUUCGAUAACCCUAUACUUGGCAACCAUAGCUACGAGGAUUCGACCCUAUGCAACUGUCUCAUCUCUAGCGUUCUCCCAACCACUUGGUUGGUUGUUUAUUUUACCUUAGGAGUAGGUUAAAUUAGUUCAAACCCCUCACCAAACUUCGGACCCAAUUAGAUAGUAGUUCGGAGCGAAGUAAUAGUAAACUUAGGGUUCUCUUGGAAUACGACCGAGCCACUUUACUACAACUCUAACUAGGUUAUACUUGGCUUAGUUAGGAUUGAAUAGAGAGUGUGCAUCGAGUUAUAAAUUUAAAGCUCGAUCGCACAUAAGCAACCGAUCAAGAAGACUAAUAUGGAGACUACACUACUUAACACAACAAAGUCCAUUUCAAAAGUAUCCUCACACUGAACACUCAAAGCAACCAGCAGGAUAUUGAGAUACAUCAAAGGGUCACAUAAUCAAUGUAUCUUCUUUAAAGGUGAUUCCUUAUUGCAGUUGUUAGGAUGCAUUCCAGAAGAUUAGUUAUUGGAUAUUGAACCUUUCUUUUAAGCUCUUUGGUCACAUUGAAGGCUACGAAGUAAACCACAGUCUCGAUCCCCUUUAGAGGUAAAGUAUAGAAGUUGUUUGUGAAGUACAAUGAUUAAAAGGUUUGCUGACAGGGUUAAACAUGGAAGUUCAGUUGCCAAUUUAUGUGUUAUGUGACAAUAAAUAUGCGAUAAACAUUGUUGAGAAUGCGGUUUUUCAUAAGAGAACAAUACACGUCGAAAUUAUGUGCAUGUGACAAGAGAAGGGGUAAAAUUAGGUUUGAUUGAACUAAUCUGCAUACGAAGUGCUGAUCGGGUAAAGUUUUGUUUACUAAAUCUUUAAGCAGAUUUCGUAUUAGGGUAAAGUUUUGAACUAAUACCGACAUUGCAUUACGUAAAAUAUAGCAUGGUUUGACAAGAAAGUUAUAAUAACUUGUUGUCAUUCCUGUCUUUGUCAUGCAAAUAGAUAUUGUUGUUGUUCAUGUAACCUCUACGAUUUUGAGCGUGUAGAAGAAAUUAUGUCAAUGUAAUUACUCAAAUUGGCAAAAUUAGACCAUGAUUUAGAGCUUGAAGCUCAAAUAAGCAAGUAUUGGUUGUCUUCAACAAGCUCAAUUUCCAUGCUUCUCAUUCAAACCAAAAAUCAAUAUACAAAACCCCAAUUUGCAUAUUGGAAUUGCGUUCCAUUUUUUCUUUUCAAUCCUCUCCACAUAUGCUACUAUGCAAAUGGACAUAUGAUUCAUCAUAUUCAAUGUAAUAAACUUCUCACUUGAUCUCUACUUAUCCAUAACAAUGGCUCAAAACACAAGGAAGAUCUUCAAUGAUUAUUUUAGCUAUAGCUAGAAGGCCCGAGGCAUGAGCUUUGCUGAGGUUAUAGAGGAGACUUGCAUUGGCUCAUCGCAUCCUUAUAGAGGAGACCUAAGUUAGGUCGUUUGGAUGGAUCAAUCUAGAAAUGAGACAAUUUGAUUAAUUGUUUCAUUUUAUAAACGAAGUAAUUAAAACGAGUCAAUUCGAAUUACCUGCCCUCACUCCAGACAAUUGAAACUGACUCAAAACGGAUAAAAUCAAAAUACCUUAGGCAAAAUGAUCCAUCCAAAUUUUUUGCUGACAAACGAGUCAAUUUAGUACAAUUGUCUCAAAAUGAGACAAUUGCGUCAAAUUUAUACGUUACAAUUCCUCAUCCAAACGACCCCAAAGCUUUUAUAGCGGCUAUUUUUCACAUGGUUUGCAUCUCAUUCUAUUGUGCUUCGUUUUUCUAGAACUCGUAAAGCAUUUUUCGAUGAUAGCUCUGAAUUAGGGUCAUGAAGAAUAUUAAUCGGACGUUUAAUUAGCAUUAGACUUAGUUUAUACAAGUGGUUUUGAAAACUCGAACUCGCAACCCGUAAGAUUAUAACAUGAAAUAUAUUUGUCAAAACAACAUCAAAUCACGGAAUACAUGACACUUUUGUCA